UGGAAACUGAAACAGUCCGUCUUCCCUGUCAUAAAUAAUUCUCUCUCCAUUAAUAGGAUCAUAACCUACAGAGACACUAAACGUGCACCAGAGCGUUUAUGAAAUUACAACUACUCACAUGCAGGAAGACGAAUUUUUUUCUCCGAGCUUUAGUAGCUACUCUUCAAAUAGAGUGGCCGAGAUUGCCGGAAAAAUCUCCGAUGAAAUUAAGCGUGAUUCUCAGGUGGUAGAAGAGAACGUUGACGGUGCCGAUGGAGAUGAAGAUUUUGAAUUCUCUUUGGUUUGUGAAAAUCCAGAGGAUUCGGUCGGCGUAUUCCCCUUCGACCGUCCUAUUUACCCCGUUUUCAACCGCGAUCUGAUACCAAACGAUGUUUCUUAUGGCGUAGAUCGAGAAGGUGUUAACGGUGAAUCGUCGGAAAACGUCAAUAGUUCAGUUCAAGUUUCGUUAAAGGAUUUAUUCUUAGAAGAACGGGAACCGCUGUCGUCGUCAUCUUCCGAGGUCGAUGAGUUGGAGAGUGUACCUCCGGGAACGUAUUGUGUAUGGAAGCCGAAUAUAACCGAGCCUUCACCAAGCAGAUGUAAGAAGAGUAAUUCAACGGGAUCGGCGUUUAAGCGGUGGAAUAUCCGAGAUUUGAUGCGCCGGAGCAACAGUGACGGUAAGGACAGUUUUUUAUUUCUGACGCCGGAAAAAGGAUUGAGAAAUGAAACAUCCAAAGCAAAGGACUCAGCGGAAGCGUCUAAAAUUGCCGGAAAAUUGAAGGCAAAGGGCAACAGUAGCAGCGGUAACAAAACAUCUUCGAUGACGGACGUUUAUUUACGGAACCAAGCGGCAAAGGAAAUGGAUAAGAAUAGGCGCAAAUCAUAUUUACCAUACCGGCGAGAUCUGGUAGGUUUUUUCGCUAGUGCCAGCAAUAUUGGUAGAACUUUUCCUCCUUUUUAACAACCUUCCAUUUUUUAAUCAAGUGUUUGUAAAUAUCUAAAUGAAAGAACAUGUGCGAUGAUUCCUGAAUGAUUUAGUUGUUAUGCUCCCAUUUGUUUAAAGGAUGAUCAUCCACCUCGAUAAUAAUUUUCGAUGAAUUUUUCA